CGCAUUCGUUAUCACACACAGCAUUUGCAAAGCCAUAACCGAGCAAGGAAAGCUCAGGCUCAGACCAAGCGAGCGAAGAUGCAAUCCGCAGAAGAGAAGCUCAAGAACGUGGCCAGUUCUACCAAAGAGCAAAUCAACAAAGCCAAAGCCAAAAUCGAAGAGAAGGUGGAGAAAGCGGCGGCGAGGACGCCAGAGGAGAAAGAGAUGGCACAUGAGCGAAGGAAGGCGAGGGAGGCCAAGGCCAAGAUGGAGCUGCACCAUGCCAAGGCGAAGCACGUAGGUGAGAAGUUCGCCACCAAGCAUUCCACCUUGGCAGGCCAUGUCCACGAGCCGGUGACUCACCACACAACAACCCAGCCAGUGGUUGGAGCCCCGGGGCACCAAACCGGGCAUCAGCCCGUCGGGACUGCAGACACAAUGACUGGAACCACCGUCCCGACCUACCCUUUAGGAGGGCACCGACCCCACUCAGGACACACACACAAACAUAUGUAACCAUAGAAACUAGUAGUGUUCUGUGUUUCAAGACUUGCUUUUGCCUAGACAUUAGCCCUUUUUUUUUUUUUUAAGUUCGUUGUGGUUUGUUUUGGGGCUCUUUUUACUAAAAGUGAGCUUAUUUAGAGCACAA